UCUUUGGUUGUUAUUGUAAAUUAUUAUUUCUGACACAGAAUAAAACCUCUUACACACGUAUAUAACACUGGACAUAGCCAAAUAUGGAUAAAUAACUUACUAUUUAUUACUAACUAUUUCAUAAAACUGAAAGAAAGUGAUUGAAAAUGUGAAUAAAAUGUAAAGAGAAAUAUUAAUUGCAACAAAGACUAAAAAAAUUAUAAAAAAUAAAAAAGAGAAGUUGUGUAUAGAGUAAAAAAAUUAGAACAAAUAUGAAAUAAAUUAUAAAAAUCUUGUUUAAAUGAACAUAUAAAUACUGUUAAUUCACAAAUUGCCAAAAAAGAUAAACUUGUUGUUAUUCAAUAGAAAUACAACAGAAUUAUAUAAAAAAAUAUUACAUUGAAAAACAAAUAGAGCUUUAUUUUAUAUAUUAUAAACAACAUCUUUUCUUGGGAGCAAUAGUUUGUCCAUUAUGCUAAAAAAUAGUAUGAGGAGAUAUCGAUAUAUUUCUCAAGAUACAUAAUUAUUUAAAAAUGAGAAACUUCAUUUAAAAAAAAGACUUGACAACAGCUGAUAACUAGUCGACUGAAUAUUAUAUGUGAAUAUAAAGUUAAAUUAAUAAAUAAAUGAGAAAAACAAACUAAAUAAAAAACACAUUAAUAUAAUAUAAUAUAAUAGUUUUUUUUUUUUUUACUUUAUUCUAAUUCCCUGGAAUUGAUGUGGAUCUCGGUGUUUGCAUCAUUUCCAGGGAAGUGAAGAGGAGUGGAGGAGGAAGAGGGGGAGGGAUUGACUCCGUUUUUAUGCGCGCUCUGAGGGAGGGGAGAGCCGAACGCGUGUGCGCGCCCCCAGCAGACACACACGGGCACAAAGACGCACGGCCUCAUCCGCUCGCCUCCCUAUUGACGUCAGUCCUGCAUCACGUGACCGAGCAGGGUCCAAUGAGCGGAGAGUGCUGGCUCCUCUUUACACGGAGACGGUCAGCAGGAAAAGCGAAGAAUAAAAGCGAACAGAGAGGCAGAAAUGGCCUCCAACACCUUCUGAAGACCGCAGAGACGCUGGACUGAAGUCUUUACUGCUGAUCCGACCCGAGGAUUUACUGAGUCUGGCUCCGAGGUGGACGAACUGGAUCAGGCCAUGGCCCUCAUACUCUGAGAACAGCUCUGUGUCCGUGGGGUGGGGGGACGCGCACCGUGGAGACUGUUCACGGAGAGGAAAAUGGUGGAUUAUUGUAAGGGAGUUAUUAAAAGGUUGAAACAUCUGGAUCUGCUGCGAGGUCUGACGUCCUGUUCCUCUGGUGGUAGCAGCGGCGGGGGGCCCAACGAGCUGCACAACAACCAGUUCUACCAGUGCGAGGAGAGCAAACCUUUACUGGGGGAGAUGUCCGAGGGGAACAACAACACCAAGCUGGGCGCGGGGCCGUGCAAGAGGUCCCUGCACCACUGCAGCAGCGGCAUGCGCUACAAGCUGCUGCACGAAGGGGACAUCCAGGUGUGCGUGGUCAAGCACCCCUGCACCUUCCUCAGCAAGCUGCUCACCUCCAAGUUCCUGCGGAGGUGGGAGCCGCACCACCUGACGCUGACGGACAGCGGCCUCAGCUCGGCCACGCCCACCGGUUACAUGGAAACCACUUUGUCCUACAGCUCUAUUGAGGACCUGCAGCUCCUCUCCUGGGACAACGCUCCAAAGUACUGCGUCCAGCUCAGCAUCCCUGGGGGCACUAUCCUGCUGCAGGCUGCAAACAGCUACCUCAGGGACCAGUGGUUUCACUCCCUGCAGUGGAAGAAAAAGAUCUACAAAUACCGGAAAGUCCUGAACAACCCGAGUCGCUGGGACGUGGUGCUGAAGGAGAUCCGAGCGCUGGUGGACAUGGCUCUGACCUCUCCUCUGCAGGACGAAUCCAUCCACCAGGCCCCGCUGCACAUCAUCUCCACCCUGUUAGCAGAGAACUCAAACCUGAGUGCUCAGGAUCAUGAGAACAUCAUCGUGGCAAUCGCUCCUCUUUUGGAAAACAACCACCCUCCGCCUGACCUGUGUGAGUUCUUCUGCAAGCACUGUCGGGAGCGGCCACGGUCGAUGGUUGUGAUCGAAGUGUUCACACCUGUGGUCCAGAGAAUCCUCAAACACAACAUGGAUUUUGGGAAGUGCCCUCGGCUUCGUCUCUUCACUCAGGAGUACAUUCUGGCUCUGAACGAGCUGAACGGCGGCAUGGAGGUUGUUAAGAAGUUUAUUCACAGCAUGCACGGUCCAACAGGGCAGUGCCCGCACCCACGUGUCCUGCCGAACCUGGUGGCAGUGUGUCUGGCUGCCAUUUACUCCUGUUAUGAGGAGUUCAUCAACAGCCGGGACAACUCUCCCAGCCUGAAGGAGAUCAGGAACGGCUGCCAACAGCAGAACGACCGCAAACCGCCGAUGCCGCUCCGCCUGCUGCGGCCAGAACCCCCACCACUGCCUCCCGCCACCAUCCUCCCACUUUCCAACACCCCCAGCCCCCCUCAGUCGUCUCCACCCGCCCCCACAAACCCAGCUGCCCCAUCCAUUCCCAUCUCCUCCCCGACACCCUCCCUGCCUCUCUCCCCUCCCCCCUCCAUCGUCAACUCCAGCGAGAUCCUGGUGGAGCUGGAACGGAACAACAACACCGCCAACGCCAAGCGGAAGGGCGGGCCUGCAAGAGGCGACAGCGAGCCAAACCUCAUCGACUGUCUGCUGGUCAGCCCGGCUCUUAAUACCCUGUCCAUCCAGCUGCCGGCGCAGGCGGACCGAGUGCUCGGCUGCUUCGCCCUCAUCCUCAAGAUGCUGUCGGACUACGAUGACUGGAGACCGGCUCUGGCCAGCCUGCUGCAGCCCAUCCCUUUCCCUAAAGAAGCUCUGGCACACGCCAAAUUCACAAAGGAACUGAAAUAUGUCAUCCAGAGGUUUGCAGAGGACCCAAGGCAGGAGGUCCACUCCUGCUUGCUCAGCGUGCGCUCGGGGAAGGACGGCUGGUUCCAGCUCUACAGUCCAGGGGGCGUGGCCUGCGACGACGACGGCGAGCUGUUUGCUAGCAUGGUUCAUAUCUUGAUGGGGUCCUGCUAUAAAACCAAGAAGUUCCUCCUCUCUCUGGCUGAGAACAAGUUGGGUCCCUGCAUGCUGCUGGCCCUGCGAGGAAACCAGACCAUGGUCGAGAUCUUGUGUCUGAUGCUGGAGUACAACAUCAUCGAGAACAAAGAUACGCAGCUGCAGAUCAUCUCCACUCUGCAGAGCACGCAGGUGGGCUUCCGCAUGUAUGAGCAGCUCUGCGAUCGUCAACGGGAGCUCAAAGAGCUGCAAAGAAAAGGAGGUCCGACCCGACUGACUCUGCCCUCCAAGUCCACGGAUGCAGAUCUGGCCCGCCUGCUGAGUUCAGGCUCCUUUGGGAACUUGGAGAACUUGAGCCUGGCCUUCACCAAUGUCACCAGUGCCUGUGCCGAGCAGCUUAUCAAGCUGCCUUCACUCAAACAGCUCAACCUCUGGUCCACACAGUUCGGGGAUGCAGGACUAAGGUUGUUAUCUGAACAUCUGGCGUGUCUUCAGGUCCUGAACCUGUGUGAGACUCCGGUCACUGAUGCUGGUCUGCUGGCUCUGAGCUCCAUGAAGAGCCUGUGCAGUCUGAACAUGAAUAGCACCAAGCUCACAGCGGACACAUACGAGGACCUCAAGGCCAAACUGCCCAACCUGAAAGACGUUGAUGUCCGGUACACAGAGGCCUGGUGAUCCAUCACAGCCCCCUGCCCUUUACAUGAUCACUCUCACAGACACAGACACACACACACACACACACAAACUUAACAAACACACACUCCACCAUCAACUGCAUCUCUACACCAGAACCUCAGCACCUGUUCUCCAACACGUCGAAGGCGGUGAAGGAGAAUUCUUCAGCUUCAUCCCCAACCACUGCGGGGCAGCCGGGAAGGAAAGGUCAACGUUUCUCCGUGGACCUCAUCCCUUCCUCUCCUCUUCCCGGGAGAAGCUCUGUUUAUUUUUUAAUUUUUUACAAAAGUUAAGGGCCCGUUUUAUUCGGGCUGCACAGGGGCUGCUCCCUUCACCCGUCUUUUGCCCUAAACGGAUCCAGCCAUUGUUCCUUCGGAGCCUUCCUGUGAGGCCAGCCUUGUCUGAUGAAAGCUGGAAAUGUUCAGGUGUCGUGUCCAGACCAGUUUCCCCACUGAAAUGUGUUCCCCACUAAUUCUGUCCUGAGGUCAGCGUCACUAACCUCAUGGUGCAUUUAAAUACACCUCGUACACUAGACAAUCAAUAUUAAAAUGCAUCUAAAAUUAUAUUAGCAAACUUUAAUAUCAUGAAAUACAACCAAAGACUCCGGCUUCCUCCCACAGUCCAAAGACAUGCCUGUUAAUUGGUCACUCUAAAUUGCCCUUAGGUGUAUGCUUGGUUGUUUGUGUGUUGCCCUGCGAUGGACUGGCGACCUGUCCAGGGUGUACCCCGCCUCUCGCCCAUAGACUGCUGGAGAUAGGCACCAGCUCCCCCGCGACCCACUAUGGAAUAAGCGGUAGAAAAUGACUGACUGACUGACUGACUAAUACUAUAUUCACUAUAAGCAGUACGUCUCUAGAGGCUUUGUCUACUUAGGCGUGGUUAGUCUGUCACAAUUUCAAACAUAUGUUGAAAUCCCUUUUAUUAAAGAAACACAUAUUAAAUUUUAUAUUUUGAUUUUUGUUUAGGUUAAUCAUUUCUAGUGUGGGUCUCUAGUCUAUUUUUAACUGCCACAAGGCUUGACUGUAGGAAAUGUGCCCUACAAAUAAAGUUUGAUGUGAAGGAAGCUCAUCACAUUGAUCCUUUUUAGUCUUCAAACUCCAUAUUUUAGGCAGUGAUAAUUCAGAAUAGAUGCGGACACAAAAACAGCAAAAGUUCCCACACGGAAAAAAGAAAUUAAAAAUCACGUCAUAAUGGAGGUCUUCACUGUGGAAAGUGACAUGUCUGAUUUUAUACUUUGCAUCCACAGAGGUUUAGAUUAACAAAUUAUUACAUUGCACCAACACAAAGAGUGGCAAGUAUAGAAGUGACACCAGUUUUGGUCCGAUUUUCAGAUUUAACUAAAUUAUGUAUGACAUUGGUGACAUUUCAUUAAAAGAAUAAUUUAGAAAGUAUGUCAGUAAUGGUAAUCUAUUGUACUAGUGGACCUGAAUGCACCAUGGCGGUAAAACGAAGAACCAGGGUGUAGGAACCGUUCUUGGGCCCUUUCCAGGUCGUAAGUUCUUUACUUUCAUUCUGUAAAGCCUAGACCUAACCCCACCCUGACCCACAACCCUAACUUUGAUUCAGAUUUACAUUGACAACUCCUCAGACAACCGGAGGACAACUUUGCUGGGGUUUCCUCGCAACAUGCGCUAACCGGAAGUAGCUUUUAUAACAAACCGGAAAGGGCUUCAUACUGUGGGCACCAAAUGGCAUUGAGUCUGCAUUUUGAUACAAUUGAGCUGGUGGGGAAACACAUCUGGACGCGAAAACUUGGCUCGACACAACACCUGCUUGACUCUGAUCCGGUCCACGAUGUAGCUCCCUGAACGGACCAACCGAACUCUGAACGAGUGAGUCCAGUCCGCUUUUCAGUUUUUCCCGGGCUGUCACUGGGAAAAACUCCUCCUCUUUUCCGUCACACGGAAAAGGAAAUCAAGAGUUUUAUAAGAUCUUGAAUAAACAUAUUUUUUCCAGGCGUGGACGCGUUUAUGUUCCACGUGUUUUUGGGAUGAAACGUGGCAGCAGUUGUUUUUGUUUUUUGUUUGUAUCCGGAGGGAAGAGGAAAACCACUAAACUCCGAGCGACGCCAUGUUGAGGAGCCCGGAACCUGUAGUUCGUCACCAGCUCAGACUGGGAGAUUUUUUUUUAUCUCCUCUCUGACUCUUUUUGGCUCUGGAAACUAACUGUUCAAGGACAUUUUUUUGCCAAAAAAACGUCAGUAUCCGGCCAAUUUUUGUUCCGAGCUCUACUGGAGGAAAUUAUCCGAACGGAUGAAUUCAUGUACAUAUUAGAUCGGAUCGAUUGGAGGACGUUUGUUUGCUACAUUCCCUCGGAACCGACCUUUUGACCUUUCCCCCAGUUUCAAACACACGUCGGACAGCAUCCAUUUGGUUAAUUUAUUGGUGUUGACCUACCGAGCUUUCCCACAGGACAGGACGUUUUGUUUCCUAUUUAUUUUGGUGCCAUUUCUGUUCCGGUCCAUAACUAUAAAGACCCAGUCCGAGGUUCGGGUCCGGCUGUCCUGUACAUACCGGUGUACAUAGUCGUCUUUUUGGAAACCUUUCCAUCCUCCUUCCCCCGUUUUCUUCUUCUCAGCUUGGUUUUCAUCCUCGUGUUGCCUUCAUCUUUGUGUGUGGUUGUUUUCCUUGUUUUUUCACACAAAGUGCACUGUAAUCAUAAAAAAAGAAAUGUUUUAAUGCAUAUUAUUUUAAGUUUCCAGCUCUCCUCUGAUGAUUUAAUCACUUUAAUCAGAGUCUCUUUUCCUGUGUUGUUGCUGUAUUUUUUUUUUUUUUUUUUUUUGCACGUCUGCGUUCCUGCAUCAUCUAAUAUUUUUAUUUUGUAAUUUCUAUUUUAUAGAAAAGGUUUGUACAAAUCUGAUAAAGGGGGUUUGAUCACUAUCUCCCGAAGGCGAGCGACUGAAACGUUGGGAUUUGAUCCCCCAACAGGCCAGUUCAGGAGGGUCGAUGAAAGCCGAUCUGACCGUAGCUGAGCUUUAUUCGUUUAAAUGUGGCCAUUUUUUAUAUAAAAUAAUAAUAAUAAUAAUGCACAUAUUUCUCUUUUCUUAAAGAAUGUUGUUCGGAUAAUCAUAUCAGAGGUGCAACCCUCCCACUGAAGGGGUGGUUCCACAUCAGCAGCUCGGAUUUGACCGUUUUUGUUUGCCCUUCAUAGCUUUUAACCCCUGAGUGCUUUUAUCUGGUCUAUCAGGGUCGGUUAGAGGGAGAUGAAGAACAAUGAUUUAAAAUGUUUUUUAUACAUUAACUUUCCUUAUUGAAGCGGUUAGGCUGAAAGACUGAAAACAAUUUGUCAUGAAACUUCGUGAAAGGCGACAACAUCCUUCUUUAAGGAGCCUAAAUUGCAACAGUUUGUAUGAUAUGAAGGUUUGACACAAAGUGGAAAUGGUUCUGUCAGUGUAUGCCCAAAUGGAGCAAAAAGUUUUAACCGGAUGUUUUGGAAAAUAAGAUAAAAAACCCAGUCAUUUUCUACCGUUUAUUCCAUAGAUAAAAAACUUGCAAAUUCUUUUAUCCCUCCAUUACCACCAGCUGACCAGCAGGGGGUGGUAAUUCUCUACGAGCACUUGAGAGGUCCGACAUUAAUUGAGGGGAAGAAGUGAAAACAUACAUUCUCAUUCAAUGAAUUAAAAUACAUAUUCAGUGUCCUUUAUUAUGCAAGUUGUCCGCCAGGAAAUAGGUUGGAGGGAAGGAAACCUGCAGCACAGGUCGACGGGUCGGGACUCGAACCCGUGAUGGGUGCGUCGAGAACUAUACGUGUUUUCCGCCCCUUCACGCGGACUGGUGUUUCAAAACCUUUAUUUCUGUUAUGAUUUUGUUUACAGCGAACGAAAAUAUGACAUUUUAGUUACAUCAGACCAAUAAAACAAUUUUAAUACAGAAAUUUGAUCUUAAUGAAAUGAAAUGUAUGUUUAAUAUCUGCUUAAAGGAUAUUUUCAAAAGGUACUUUUAAUUUGACAAGCCUAUGGUAACUCAUAUUCUAAUUUAUUGAAUAUGGCUGUAUGGUGAUUGAUCUUACUAAGGCUGUUUUAAUUCUUUGUUUAAAGUUGGAAAAAGGCCUAAAGCUCUCAGGCUCAGGGGGAAUCUUAGGCUUUAGAGACAUUAAGAGGAAAAUUACUGAACACCUUUAUUCCCAGCCUAAAGGAAUGACCUUAAUGCUGCACAUCCUGACCCAACCUGGUCCUAGUUUUGGUUCCUAACAUACAGGCAUGAGAGCUGGAUCUCCAAGAACUGUUCCAUGAACAAGCGUGCAGAGCUCAAGGGUUUCUGUGUUUUAUGGUUGAAUAGACCCCCCUCUCCUGUCCGGUCUCUGUAUCCUGUGGAGCUUCUUCCCCUCUCGCCGCCAUCUUUUUUGUUGUUUUUUUUUUGUCAUUGUGGGCAAUCUGUAAAGCGUUUCUACGUGUCUGAGUUGAGUCCUGGCAGAUGUUGAGGAAUGAAGGCAGCCAGAUGUGGCACAUCCUGAUAAAUCUGGUUGAACAGUUUUUAUUCUUUGUGCUGAAAUGGUUGUUGGCAGCUGGAAAAGGGGCGUCCAUCACCUUUUUUCUCUUUUUCAGUUGCAUUGAUCUGCUUCUUCUGCUGGGUUAAUAUUACUGUUAUUAUCAAUUAUUAUUAUUGCUGCUGCUCUGUGGCUGUUGUAAUAAAAAAACAAAGGCUCUUUGACAGGAAAAAUAACUGAUGUGAAAUAAUUUCAAUCAAAAAUAAAAUGUCUGUGAAUAUGUUUCAGCUGACUGAA